CAACCACAACGAACAACCACAAAAACACAAACAAACACGCAAGCAACCACACAGCCAGGAAACACACACCCACAACACACAAACAUACAACCACAACAAACAACCACCAGUAACCACAAACAGACAACCACAACAAUAUAGUUGUUUUCUCUGUGUGUGUGUGGCAUUUUGUGUGGCAGGUGGUCACAGGCUUGCACAUUUUGAUGCCAACUGGAGACCCUGGCAACACCCCGACGCGAAGUCCCGAACACUAAAAUAACAAUAUCGAAAAGCAGAAAACCCCUGACCGUGGAAACAUGCCCUUCACAAUGGCAGGAAAACAAGGGAUUGAAGUGUCAUGGUGGGGAUCACUGGAAGUACAGCAUGUUUAUCUAUGUUUAUCUUUUUUCUUUCGUUCCUUAAGUCCAGAUGACCAUGGGAUUGGGAUGCUCAGCUUAGCGCUUUCAAGGUGAAAUCACCUUAUGGCCGCUACAACCAAGGCCAAGUCGAACGAGCAUGGUUUGCAAGUUGGAGUUCAUUGAAACCUUGAGGGCGGAAGGUGAAACAGUUUUCUGCUUGCACACACUGUGUCAAGGCGAUGAAGCAAGAAGUGUGGAGCCGAACUCCAAUCCUUCGAUGUCUCUUCCUGCGAUCGCUUUCAGGUCCCUUGCUCCGCCUCCUGGCGUCAUGCAAUGUGAAUGCAAAAGUGGCCUGGGUUCUGCAAGAGAGUCCCACCCUUGUGGCAGCGUGCCUUUCAUGGCUUUUCGGCAGCCAGGCUUGUCGAAGCAGUCCUGGCAACCUUGCAGUGCUCCUAUGUUUUGUGGUGCAUUAUGUUAACCGAUCAUUCGUUUAUCCUUUGCAAAUGAAGGGUUCCAAGCCCUUUCCAUUGCCAGUGAUGAUGAUGGCCAUGACGUUUUGUGCCGUCAAUGGAUACAUUCAAUGCCAAAGUCUAAUGAGGUAUUUACUCAUCCCUGUGAACUGGAUGACGUGUUUGGGCAUUUGCAUAUGGAUGACUGGCUUGUACAUCAAUGUGGACGCAGACCAGCGCUUGAGGAAUCUGAGGAAGCCUGGCGAGACGGGGUACAAGAUCCCUCGCGGGGGCUUGUUCGAUUACGUAUCAGGUGCCAAUUUUUUUGGCGAGAUCAUGGAAUGGAUAGGAUUUGCGAUUGCCAUGGGAGGUGCUUUUCCGGGCAUUACAUUUGCUUUUUGCACAGCGUGCAACAUUGGACCUCGUG